CAGCAGCCACCACACUACACCGCGUAGAGAGAAAGCUGAGAGAGAGGGUAGUAAAAAAAGAUGAGGUUGAUAGUACACAACAUGUUGACUUGCAACAUUAAAGGAGUGAUCAACAAGUUUCCUCUACGCAUCGAAGCAGAGAAAGUGAUCAAGAAGGAGGUCGAUUUCAACCCUGAUUUUCUCAGACACAUGUUGGCCAAGAUCGAGUGGAAGGCUUUGGUGGACGGUGCACGUUCUAUGGGAUACACUGAGCUUCCUGAUCACGCGCCAGACACGGAGAGGGUAGAAUCCGACGAAUCGUUUCUCAAGAAGUUCCACCAUGCGUUGCUCGAGCUUCACCUUGAGGAAGGCUCGCUCGUGUGCCAAGAAACCGGUAGGAAGUUUCCAGUUGAUAAGGGAGUCCCGAACAUGGUUCUCCGCGAGGACGAAGUUUGAGGAUUCUGAUCUUUAGGGGGCAAGAAGAUAAUUUGGGAAUUUUCAAAGAACUAAAAGUAAAAAAAAAAGGUACUAUAAUUGUUUCAUCUUGUAUUGUGUUAUGAACCAAUACUAUAAUUGGUUCAUCUUGUAGUGCUCCCCAAGUGUAGCGUUAUUCUACUUUAAGCACUAUCUUCAAGAUAGAUACCGAGUCAUGUGAUUUGGAUAAAUGAAGCUGAAAUAUCUAGGCAUGGACGUUUGGUG